GGCAACGGAUACUGCUGAGGCUCCUGAGAAUGUCCCGUUUUCGAGGCUGCAGUAGCUCCAGUGUCCGGUUCUGCAGUGCCGAGAGGGAGGCCUCGGGCUCCGGGCGGGGGAAUGUGUUGCAGUUUGUCCAAGAGCCCCAAGCCCAGCAAAGCCGCCCGUUCCCCGCUGGGGCGCAACUCUCACUGGAACUCUUGUUCUCUGACUGGGGAAUGGAAUGGGCUCAGCCAAGGCUCCCGAAACCAGUCCUGCCGCUCCCACUUGUGGUCGCAUUCUCAAGAGCGGCUGUCUGCGCCGUGGACCAUCACUUUCGCUUCUGCCUGCUCGUGCGCCUAUUGCGGCAACUACUCACGCUCCUACGGGACGAGGAGAGGGAGGUGAAUCCGUGGCAGAGAGAUGGGGUAUCACUAUGAUGCCUAGGCUUGUCUCAAACUCCUGGCCUCAAGCGAUCCUCCUGCCUUGGUCUCACAAAGCGUCAGGACUACAGGUAUGAGCCACUGCAUGCAGCCUAAUGUGAUUUUGUUUUGAUACAUGUAUACAUUGUGUAAUGAUCAAAUGAUCAGAGUAAUUAGCAUA